GGUCCAUGGACAUUCCUUUGGCUUCACCUUUCCUGGCGAAAUGGGGGUGGCAACUCUUCUCCUCUGCGUCCGCCUGUUUGUGGCUCUCUUUUUCUCUUCCUGUUGGAUUUCCCAGUUUGUUUGAGCCUGGACAGGAACUCCGUGCUCCGCCCCAUGGUAAUAACACCGAGCCUGGAAGGACUCCCCAAGCUACCGACGAUACCGUGGAAAAACUCCCCGUACACACUAACUUGGACUUCCAGCCUCGUUGGAAAAGGAGGAAGGGGAGGAAUCGACGACGUGCCCGGCUGAAUGGCGCUGCUGUCGGCUUAGUCGACUCUCGGUUUCCCGAAGCUAACCAACAACUCUCGGCGGAAUGACGUCCACUGUGACUUUAGAGGAUGCGCUGUCCAACGUGGACCUUCUGGAGGAGCUGCCGCUGCCCGACCAGCAGCCGUGCAUCGAGCCCCUCCCCUCCUCGGUCAUGUACCAACCCAACUUCAACACCAAUUUUGAGGACCGCAACGCCUUCGUCACGGGCAUCGCUCGAUACAUCGAGCAGGCCACUGUUCACUCCAGCAUGAAUGAGAUGCUGGAGGAAGGUCAAGAGUAUGCGGUCAUGCUGUACACCUGGAGGAGCUGCUCACGCGCAAUUCCGCAGGUGAAAUGCAACGAGCAGCCUAACCGGGUGGAAAUCUACGAGAAGACGGUGGAGGUGCUGGAGCCCGAAGUUACCAAACUGAUGAACUUCAUGUACUUUCAGCGCACCGCCAUCGACCGCUUCUGCGGCGAGGUCCGCCGCCUGUGUCACACCGAGCGGCGCAAGGACUUUGUCUCGGAGGCCUACCUGCUGACGCUGGGGAAAUUCAUCAACAUGUUUGCCGUGCUCGACGAGCUCAAGAACAUGAAGUGCAGCGUCAAGAACGACCACUCGGCUUACAAGCGCGCCGCCCAGUUUCUUCGUAAAAUGUCUGAGCCCUCAUCCAUUCAGGAAUCCCAGAACUUGUCCAUGUUCCUGGCAAACCACAACAAAAUCACUCAGUCUUUGCAGCAACAGCUGGAGGUGAUCAACGGCUACGAAGAGCUGCUGGCCGACAUCGUCAACCUGUGCGCCGAGUAUUACGACAACAAGAUGUACCUGACCCCUGGAGAGAAGCACAUGCUACUCAAAGUCAUGGGCUUUGGGUUGUACCUCAUGGAUGGAAACAGCAGCAACAUCUACAAGAUGGACGCCAAGAAGAGGAUUAACCUGACCAAGAUUGAUAAGUUUUUCAAGCAACUACAGGUGGUUCCACUUUUCGGCGACAUGCAGAUCGAGUUGUCUCGGUACAUCAAGACCAGCGCUCACUUUGAGGAGAACAAAUCCAGAUGGACAUGCACGUCCAUAUCCAGCAGCCCUCAGUACAACAUCUGCGAGCAGAUGAUUCAGAUCCGCGAGGAUCACAUGCGCUUCAUCUCCGAGCUCGCCCGCUACAGCAACAGCGAGGUGGUGACCGGCUCGGGGCGUCAGGAGGCCCAGAAGACGGAUUUGGAGUACAGAAAGCUUUUUGACUUGGCUCUGCAGGGCAUGCAGCUCAUGUCGCAGUGGAGCGCUCACGUCAUGGAAGUGUACUCCUGGAAACUGGUGCAUCCCACCGACAAGUACUCCAACAAGGAGUGCCCCGACAAUGCCGAGGAAUACGAGCGCGCCACUCGAUAUAACUACACCAGCGAAGAAAAGUUUGCCCUGGUGGAGGUGAUGGCCAUGAUAAAAGGGCUGCAGGUGCUGAUGGGCCGCAUGGAGAGCGUGUUCAACCACGCCAUCCGCCACACCAUCUACUCGGUCCUGCAGGAUUUCUCGCAGGUGACCCUGCGCGACCCGCUGCGUCAGGCCAUCAAGAAGAAGAAGAACGUCAUCCAGAGUGUGCUCCAAGCCAUCCGAAAGACGGUGUGCGAUUGGGAGACGGGUCGUGAGCCGCACAACGACCCGGCCCUCCGUGGCGAAAAGGACCCCAAGGGCGGAUUCGACAUCAAGGUCCCUCGACGAGCCGUGGGACCCUCCAGCACUCAGGUGACACCUCAUUUUGGGCACAUCCCACUCAUGAUUUUUGCUCACGUUCCAAACGAACCACUUUCCUCCCUUUUGAAGCUCUACAUGGUGAGGACCAUGCUGGAGUCCCUGAUCGCCGACAAAAGCGGCUCCAAGAAGACCUUGCGCAGCAGUCUGGAGGGCCCCACCAUCCUGGAUAUCGAGAGAUUCCACCGCGAGUCCUUCUUCUACACCCACCUGCUGAACUUCAGUGAAACCUUGCAGCACUGUUGCGACCUCUCCCAGCUUUGGUUCAGGGAGUUCUUCCUGGAGCUCACCAUGGGACGCAGGAUCCAGUUCCCCAUCGACAUGUCCAUGCCCUGGAUCCUCACAGAUCACAUUCUGGAGACCAAGGAAUCUUCCAUGAUGGAGUACGUGCUUUAUCCUCUGGAUUUGUACAACGACAGCGCCCACUACGCCCUGACCAAGUUCAAGAAGCAGUUCCUCUAUGACGAAAUUGAAGCCGAGGUCAACUUGUGCUUCGAUCAGUUUGUCUACAAGCUGGCCGAUCAGAUAUUCGCUUACUACAAGAUCCUCGCCGGAAGUCUUCUCCUGGACAAACGUUUGCGUGCCGACUGUAAGAACCAAGGCGCUAACAUUCCCUGGCCGGCCUCCAACCGCUACGAGACCCUGCUGAAGCAGCGCCACGUACAGCUCCUCGGCCGCUCCAUCGACCUGAACAGGCUCAUCACUCAGAGGGUCUCGGCCGCUUUGUACAAGUCCCUGGAGCUGGCCAUCAAUCGCUUUGAGAGCGAAGAUCUCACUUCAAUCAUGGAACUGGAAGGACUUCUCGAGAUCAACCGCCUGACGCACAAGCUCCUCUGCAAGUUCUUGACGCUGGACAGCUUUGACGCCAUGUUCCGCGAAGCCAACCACAACGUGUCGGCGCCGUACGGCCGCAUCACGCUGCACGUCUUCUGGGAGCUCAACUAUGACUUCCUGCCCAAUUACUGCUACAACGGCUCCACCAACAGGUUCGUGCGCACAGUCCUUCCUUUCUCUCAGGAGUUCCAGAGGGACAAGCCACCCAAUGCUCAACCGCAGUAUCUAUACGGAUCCAAGACGCUGAACUUGACCUACAGCAGCAUUUUCAGCUGCUACCGCAACUUUGUGGGCCCACCGCACAUCAAGGUCAUGUGCCGGCUGCUGGGCUACCAGGGCAUCGCCGUGGUGAUGGAGGAGCUGCUCAAAGUGGUCAAGAGCCUGCUGCAGGGCACCAUCAUGCAGUACGUGAAGACCCUGAUGGAGGUGAUGCCCAAGAUCUGCCGGCUUCCUCGCCACGAAUACGGCUCGCCAGGAAUCCUGGAGUUCUUCCACCACCAGCUGAAGGACAUCGUGGAGUACGCCGAGCUCAAGACGGUUUGCUUCCAGAGCUUGCGGGAAGUGGGCAAUGCCCUCCUCUUCUGUCUACUCAGCGAGCAGAGUCUGUCACAGGAGGAGGUUUGUGAUCUGUUACAUGCAGCACCUUUCCAGAACAUUCUGCCCAGAGUCCACAUUAAAGAGGGUGAGCGCUUGGAUGCCAAGAUGAAGCGCCUGGAGGCCAAAUAUACCGCGCUGCACAUGGUUCCUCUCAUCGAGCGUCUCGGCACGCCGCAGCAAAUCGCCAUCGCUCGUGAGGGCGACCUGCUGACCAAGGAGCGUCUGUGCUGCGGCCUGUCCAUGUUUGAGGUGAUCCUGGCGCGCGUGCGCGGCUUCCUGGACGACCCAAUCUGGCGCGGCCCUUUGCCCAGCAACGGCGUCAUGCACGUGGACGAGUGCGUGGAGUUCCACCGCCUGUGGAGCGCCAUGCAGUUUGUCUAUUGCAUUCCCGUCGGCGAGCACGAGUACACCGUCGAGCAGUGCUUCGGCGACGGCCUCCACUGGACAGGCUGCAUGAUCAUCAGCCUGCUGGGCCAGCAGAGACGCUUCGACAUCCUGGACUUCAGCUACCACCUGCUCAAGGUGCAGAAGCACGACGGCAAGGACGAGCUCAUCAAAAGUGUAGUGCUGAAGAAAAUGGUGGACCGCAUCCGCAAGUUCCAAGUGCUCAACAACGAGAUUUUCGCCAUCCUGAACAAGUACCUCAAGUCGGGCGAUGGUGAGAACAUGCCGGUGGAGCACGUGCGCUGUUUCCAGCCGCCCAUUCAUCAAUCGCUGGCCAGCAGUUGAAGGCAAAAAUAUUACAAAUACUCCUUUUUUUCUUUGACUUGGUUAGCAAAGACCACAGGGUGUUAUUCCCAACUUUUUGUAUUCACACGUGCCUUAUCGGGGAAAUAGAUUUGUUUUAUACUUCUAGACUUUCUAAGAGAUUAAUAUUUAAAAAGAUUUUGUGGUGGUGGUGGAACAUUAGACUUGAGGUGAAGUUUUUCAUAUUUUGCAUGCCAACGCAUUUCUAUUGACAGUGCCUUGACUUUUAAUCAUCCUUUUAUUAUUUCAAUAAAUAUGUAACAAAUCUGUU